AUGGCUUCAAUGUCAAGGUCUCUUGGCAGCGGCCUCGCAAGAAGUAGGCUCUUCGAUGAGUCUGCUGCCGUCCUGCGUUGUCCGGCCUGUUUUCGCCGGCAAGCCCUCCACCAGACAGUUGUGAGGCCGAGGCAGAUCUCUCCCAGUCGCCAAUCGGCCCUCGGCCCCGCCAGCCGCCGCGCAUACUCGCAGCAGUCCCAGCAGCGGCCUAGGUUCACGUCCAGGUUACGGAUGGCACUGGGCAAAUCCAAGACCGAGUGGUACUUCAUCCCGGUCGGUGUUGGCAUUGGCUUCUUGGGACUCGUGCAGGGCUACAAGGUCUACACGCGCGAGAAAGAGAGGCAGGAGGAUGAAGAGUUCGAGAAGAAGCCCAUGAGGCGCCCUCGGGUGAGACCCGAGGGCCCAUGGCAGGUUCGCGUUAUGUCCACCUUGCCUCUCAAGGCGCUCUCGAGGCUGUGGGGAAGGUUCAACGAGGUAGACAUUCCCUACUACUUCCGUGUUCCUGGCUUCAAGCUGUAUUCUUGGGUAUUUGGCGUCAACCUCGACGAGGUCUCCGAGCCCGAUUUGCAUGUGUAUCCCAACCUCGCAGCCUUCUUCUACCGUACACUCAAGCCUGGUGUCCGCCCCUUGGAUCCCAACCCCAACGCUCUGCUCUCGCCUUCAGACGGCAAGGUGCUGCAAUUUGGCCAGAUCCAGGGAGGUGAUAUCGAGCAGGUCAAAGGUAUGACCUACAGCAUCGAUGCUUUGCUCGGCAAGAAUACGCCAACACCAAGCAUAAGGUCCGGCACUAGUACACCUGCUUCGGAUGGUAUUGCAGCCGAAGAGAAGCACAAGAACGAGGAGAUCGUCAAACAAGACGAGGAAUUCGCCCGUGUCAACGGCAUCUCGUACACCCUGCCAAACCUAUUGACCGGUCCUGCCAUAUCCCAGAACCAGAAAGGCCGUCCCGAAGAUCAGUCCACUGGCGCCUCACCAACAUCCGUUUCCGAAGUCCGUGCGGAUCUCGCCCUCGGCGAAAAACCAUGGUAUGAUCUAUUAUCCAAGGAGAACCCCACCUCGCUGUAUUACGCCGUCAUCUACCUCGCGCCUGGCGACUACCACCGAUUCCACUCGCCCACGAACUGGGUUGUUGAGCGGCGACGACACUUUGCUGGCGAGCUGUAUAGCGUAUCUCCGUACCUCCAACGUACUCUCCCUGGCCUCUUCACGCUCAAUGAGCGAGUGGUGCUUCUGGGUAGAUGGCGAUGGGGAUUUUUCUCGUAUGUGCCCGUUGGCGCGACCAACGUCGGGUCGAUCAAGAUCAACUUCGAUCGUGAGCUGCGGACCAACAGCCUGACGACGGACACUGCGGCCGACCGCGCGGCCGAGGAGGCUGCUGCACGAGGAGAGCCGUACACCGGCUUCUCUGAGGCGGCUUAUCAGAUGGCGAGUCCCGUGCUGCAAGGGCACGCGCUGCGUCGUGGUGAGGAGAUGGGCGGGUUCCAGCUGGGAAGCACCAUCGUGAUGGUUUUUGAGGCGCCGCUGGGCCAGGAGGAUGAGAGCGGCAAGCUCAAGGGCGGGUGGGUCUGGAAUGUGGAGAAGGGGCAGAAGGUCAAAAUGGGCCAGGCCUUGGGAAGGGUCGAUGAGGAGUUCGUCGACGCGACGAUCCGCGCUGUCAGGCCGGUCGAGGCACCCGUGUCCGUGGACACUCUGCGUUUCUCGCGCAAGCCGACUCUACCACGUCUUCGCACUUCAAUGUACGAGUGCUCCAGUUCUCUAUGUCCAAUCGAGCGAUAUCUCAACACCGAAACCCCCUCACCGUCGGCUUCUGUAAAAUCGCUUGCCAGGGAUUCGAAGCGGUGGAGCACCGAGCAGGACCAGCCGGACACGAUCCGAGACUACGCCGGUGAGUUCCUCGAUCUCCUUCUCAAAGACAAGACCAGGCCAUACUCGCACUCGUCCUUUCAUUUGAGAGACGAGAGAUUGCUCACCAGCCGUACAGCGUUACUUGAGAAGAAGUUCUCAGUUCAAUGUGGCAUAGAGGAUGUCGACGAAAAGUUCUUUGGGAAGCCAUCACUCAAGUCGAGGCUGCGCCGGCUCUCCCAGUCGAAGGCGAGCAAGUGCUUCGGUUUAGUCAAGCGUUUCAGGAAUCUUUGGAAAGAAAGAUCGUAG